AUGUAUCCAUCCCAGGUCGAUAUCCGCACUUUAUACUCCUACACCCGCAACGAGGGCGUUCACAAGUAUGACAUGAAGCCCAACGUGUCCCUCCGCAAGAAGCUUGUCGCCGAGCUCGACAUGACUCCUCGCGGUGUCCAGGUGCAUCUCUCCCCAUCUCGUCCCCUUGGCAUCCCAUCCGCCAAUCAACAAUUCGACGCAUUGCACCCUCCAUUCUUCAACGUGACAAGUGAAUCAACGAUCGAGAUCACGCUCAGCUCAAUGCGCCUCUUGACUGUGCACGACGUCUCCACCGGCUCGACCGCAUCUUCCAUCGGUCCCAGCAGUGGCACUGGGAUCCCGCAGGCCGCACAGCGCCUCUCGGUCGACUUGGCGCAACUGAUCAUGAACGCCCAAGGACGGCCUUCGUCGAUCCUCUCCAGCGGCUCCUCGCUCCAGUCCCUGUCCACCAUCUCAGGCAUCUCUGUCAACUCGACAGGGUGCUCAGCGCGCUCGUCGAGCAGCUCGGUCGUCUCCCACGACCACGAGAAGGAGCACAAAGAGAAGGAGGAGGGCAAGAAGACGAGCCGCGAGAGCAGGCGGUCGUCCGAGUCCCACCGGCGCACGCCCAUCUCCGAGAUCUUCCCCGAGACGCAGGUCGACGUGCAGAGGCAGUCAACGGGCUCGCCGUCCCCCCCGGGCUCGCUCACGGACCAUCCGGUGGUGCGCAUGGAGGAGGCAACGGCGGACGGGCAUUCUCCGCCCACGGACAACGAGAAGCUAUCCUCUCACUGCUCGACGCUGCGACAAAUGACCUCGCUUAUCAACUACCUCGACCUCGAGGUGACUCCCGGAAGCAUAACCGGCACACCUCUCAAUUUGACGCCUUGGCAGCACGCGAGCCAGGAGAGCCCUCUGAGGCAAUGUGCAAUGCUCCAGCGUGGGAGUCUGCUCAAGGGCGAGCUGCAUCUGCCCAGAGUCAUCAAGCUGUCGCACAUGCAGUCGAAGGCUUCGCAGCUCGCCGGGCAGCAGAUCGCGCCCUGGAACGAGCUCGACUGGAAGGUCUCACCCUGGAAGCUGAUUAUCAAGCCUAAGCCUGCCGCGCACCUCACGCACAAGUGCACGCUCACGCCCUCCCCUGCUGACGCCGGGCCCGUAUUCCAGCCGCCUUGCCCUGCCAAAGCUAAGGCUAAGACAUCAUAA